CCCGGCCAUGUGACUCCUCUGGCCCCAGAGUUCUUGGAUCCAGCCCUCACCCAGAAAGCCUUUGCCCACGAUGUCAACAGCAUACAGCACAUGCCUGCAGAGGACUCCAAAGUUCCACAACCCGAGGACACGUUUCUUCCUGAGCAGGGUGACUCCAGCUCCUCAACAAAAACCAUGCAGUCCAAGAAAGGCGACACUCCCAAUUCCCCAAGGAAAAUCAUGCAGCCCAAGCAAGGUGACACAUCCAAUUCCCCAGGCAAAACGACCCUGCCUAAAGAGGACAACAUCUUUAAUUCCUCCGGGAAAACCAUGCUUCCCAAAGAGAAUAACCCUGCUAAUUCCUCAGAAGAACCCAUCCCGCCUAAGCAGGAUGACAUCUUCAAUUUUCCAACUAAAACUAGCCCCCCUAAGCACGACAGUACUCCUAUAUCACCAGCAAAAAGCAUCCUUCCUAAAGAGGGUAACACCCCUAGUUCCUCAGCAAAAACCAUCCCUUCCAAGCAGAGUGACAACCCCAGUUUCUCAAAAAAACCCAUCCUACCCAAGAAGAACAACACCCCCAAGUCCUCAGAAAAAAACAUUUCACCCAAGCCAGGUGACACCUUCAAAUUCCCAGAAGAAACCAUUCAGCCAAAACAGGGCAAGACUCCCAAGCUAUCAGAAAAGAACAUAUCAUUCAAGCCGGGUGAUACCUCCAAAUCUCCAGAAGAAACCAUUCAACCUAAGCAGGGCAACACUCCCAAGCUAUCAGCAAAAUCCAUUUCAUUCAAGCCAGGUGACACCUCCAAAUCUCCAAAAGAAACCAUUCAGCAAAAGCAGGGCAACACUCCCAAGCUAUCAGAAAAGAACAUUUCACCCAAGCAGGGCAACACCUCCAGAUCUCCAGAAGAAACCAUCCAGCCCGAGGAGGACCACACCCCCAAGUCCUCAGAAAAAGUCAUCCAGUUCAAGGAGGGUGACACCCCCAAGUCCUCAGAAGAAGCCAUCCAGCCCAAGGAAGACAAGUCCUCAGAGAAAGCCAUCCAGCUCAAGGAGGGUGACACCCCCAAGCCCUCAGAGAAGAAAGCCAUCCAGCUCAAGGAGGGUGACACCCCCAAGCCCUCAGAAGAAGCCAUCCAGCCUGGGGAAGGUGACAUCUCGGCAGAAGAAACAGUGGAGCUCUUGAAGGUCGAUUUGGUGAAAGUGAUCCUGAGCAAAGAGGAUUUUGAGUUGGCGCUCAAGGAGGCAGGGGAGAGGCUGGUGGCCGUGGUCUUCUCAGCCAUGUGGUGUAUGCCUUGCAGGACCAUCAAACCCCUUUUCUGUUCCCUGUCUGUGAAGCACGAGGAUGUAGUGUUCCUGCAAGUAGAUGUUGAUGACUGUGAGGAGCUAGUGCAAGACCGUGGGAUCGUUUAUGUCCCAACCUUUCAGUUUUAUAAAAGAGAAGAAAAGGUGAGUGAAUUUUGUGGUGCCCUUAAGGAAGACCUUGAAACAAUCAUUGCAGAAUUAAAGUAGUGCAUUCUGAAAGCAUUACAGAGAGUCAACUGUUCAUGGCGUAUGAUUUUUUUUAUUUACAAAAAAGAAGUGUAACAAAAGUGUAUGUCCAAAUGAUACCUACUUAUAAAUUAUAAAUGUUAACUCUACCCAUGUCAAAAACUAGUCAAAGCACUAAAGCAUCUUGUGGCCAUAUUUUUCUUAAUAGAAAACUGUGAUAUUAGAAUUUCCUUUGGUGGAUAUUGGAAGUCCAGUUGUCCCCUACUUUUUUAUCUUAAUUUUUUUCCCCACUCACCCUUGAAAAUUCAGCUCAUUUCCUAUUAGCAGAGACAUUGGACAUUUAGACAAUUCUCUAGAAGUUCAUGAUUUAAAGAUGAGUAGAAACUUCUUAUGUUCACAUACCUUUGGGAUUUCUGAUAAGAUAUUUUUGCAAAUACAGAAUCUGAAAGAGUCA